AUGCUGGCUGCCGCUUCCAGGAAGGCCCCGGCGGCAGCAGCAGCCCGCGGCAUCGUGCGGAGAAGUGUCAUCCGGGCGGCGCAGCGACGAUGUCUGGCGACGGAGGGAUUGAGCAUACGCACCGGUCCAAGUGAGGUGAGGUUGUUGCCAGUUUCCUCUUAUACUCUUUCAUCUCCCCAUAAAUCCAGAGAUUCCUCUCUUCUCACAACGCAAUUACGUCGUUGCUCACCCCUGCCACUCACUAUCUCACAAAGCCCCCGCGAUGCCCUCACUGCUCCCCUCUCACGCAACCACCCUUUUCUUUCAAUUGACAGCAGAAUUCCCGCUAAUCUUCCACAUCAGCCUCCUUUAUACAAAGGCACCAUCCCCGAACACUUUGCCUCCACCGUCUCCCAGCACGGCGACCGUCCCGCCGUCAUCGCACGCUCCCCCGCCCGCGCCGCCUCCCAUGAGACGGCGCUCAGCUACUACGAGCUCGACCUCCUCUCCAACCGUCUCGCCUCAUCCCUCGCCUCUCUCGGCGUUACCAAGGGCGACCGCGUCGCCGUAUCUCUCGGCAACGGCGCCGAGUUUGCCGCCCUUACCUACGCCCUGUUCAAGCUCGGCGCCGUGCUCGUCCCGCUGAACCCGAGCUUCAACGCGUCCCAGGUCGCCGCCGCGCUGCGCCACCUCGCCGUCCAGGUCCUCAUUGUCGGCGCCGUCACCGACACCGCGUAUCGGCCGGGCCGCGGCCGCAGCAACGAGCCGCUGCUGACGGAGCUGGCCGGCGGCGACCUGCGCGGCGGCGCCAUUGCCAACCCCGACAUACCCAGCCUGUCAAAGAUACUGGUGGUGGAUAACCGCACCAGCCACCCAGACGUUCGGUUCGAUCUGGACGCUUGUAGGCGUGUGUUGACGCCUUACCGGAACCUCCUCGACGGCGCGGACCGCCCCGUGAAACCCGCAGCGCCGCUGUUGCCCUCGGACAUCAUCAACAUCCAGUUUACGUCUGGCACCACCUCGACACCCAAAGCCGCGCAACUCACCCACACCGGUAUCCUCAACAACGGCAUCUUCAUUGCCGACCGCAUGGGCCUCGACUCUACCGACCGCAUCGUCGUCCCGCCGCCCCUCUUCCACUGCUUUGGCUCCGUGCUCGGCUACAUGGCGACCGCCACCACCGGCGCCGCCAUCCUCUUCCCCAGCCCUGCCUUUGACCCCGUCGCCACGCUACGCAUGUGCGUUGACCACGACGCGACAGGCCUCUACGGCGUCAGCACCAUGAUCGUCGCCGUCCUCGAGGCGCUCGAGUCGGGCGCCGCCGCUGGCACGCCACCACAGCACCUCCGCAAGGGCAUCGUCGCCGGCAGCUCCGUCCCGGAAUCCCUCAUGCGCAAAAUAUACGACGCCCUCGGCCUGCAGGACCUUGUCAUCUGCUACGGCAUGACUGAGACGAGCCCCGUCAGCUGCAUGACCCGGCCGAGCGACGCGCUGCAUCUGCGCUGCGCGUCCGUCGGCGCCCCCAUGCCGCACACCUCGGUCAAGAUUGUCGACCCGCUCGACCGCACCCGCAUCCUGCCGCUCGGCGAGCGCGGCGAGCUCGCCGCCGCUGGCUACCUCGUCAUGGAGGGGUACUAUGGAGACGCCGCGCGCACCGCCGAGGUGCGCGUCGCCGACGACGCCGGCACCGUGUGGGUGUACUCGGGCGACGAGGCCGAGAUGGACGCCGACGGCUACGUGCGCAUCACCGGUCGCAUCAAGGACCUCAUCAUUCGUGGCGGCGAAAACAUUCACCCCCUCGAGAUUGAAGACUGCCUGUUUCGCAUGCCCGGCAUCAAGGAGGCGAGCGUCGUCGGCCUGCCCGACGACAAGCUCGGCGAGUGCGUCGCCGCCUUUGUCGUCCCGAAGCAGGAGUGGACCGUCGAGGGCGGCAGUAACCACAACGGCGCCGCGGCGCAGACGGCGAGAGCAGAGGGGUCGAGCAAAAAAGAACAUGUGCUGACGCGAGAUGCGGUGAGGGACUGGGUGCGCACCAGGCUGUCGAGCCACCUGGUGCCGAAAUACAUUUUCUGGGUUGACGAGUACCCCAAGACGGCGAGCGGCAAGAUUCAAAAGUUCAAGCUGCAGGAACAAGCCAAGACCUUGUUGGAGGAGCAAUAG